UGUCAAGAAACAUGUGCUACUUCCGGUUUGAAAAUUGAAAAUGGCGACAAGUGCAGGAGACUGGUGCCUGAUCGAGAGUGACCCUGGCGUAUUUACGGAACUUAUCAAGGGAUUCGGUUGUGAAGGAGUACAAGUGGAGGAGCUAUGGAGUUUGGACUCUACAAGUUUUGAGAAUCUUAAACCAGUUUAUGGACUGAUAUUCCUGUUUAAAUGGCAACCAGAAUCGGAACCAGAAGGCAGCAUUGUCCAAGACAAUCGUAUAGAGAAAAUCUUCUUUGCAAAACAGGUUAUAAACAAUGCCUGUGCUACACAAGCAAUCAUCAGUGUUCUUCUCAACUGUCCCGAGAGCGAGGUCAAACUCGGCCCCACGCUCGGACAAUUUAAAGAGUUCGCUCAGGCCUUUGAUCCUGCUUUACGAGGGUUGACAUUGAGUAACUCAGAUACCAUCCGAGAGGUUCAUAACAGUUUUUCAAGGCAGCAGAUGUUUGAGUUUGAUGAGAAAUUAGCCAAAAAGGAUGAUGAUGUCUACCAUUUCGUCAGUUACAUACCGAUAGAUGGAAGACUUUACGAAUUAGACGGACUGAAAGAGGGACCAGUAGAUCUAGGGGCCAUCCCUGCUGAUACAGAUUGGCUGGACGUUGUCAGACCAGUUCUAGAAAAGAGGAUGCAUAAAUAUAGUGCAGAUGAAAUUCAUUUCAACUUAAUGGCAAUAGUGUCAGACAGAAAAGCCAUGUAUCAGAAGAGAUUAGAAGAACUGCAGUCCAGAGGGAUGGAGACCGAGGAUGAUCAGUUAGAAAUUAGUCAGUUAAUGGUCAAGAUUCAGGAGGAGGAUGUCAAAAUGAAAAGAUACAAGGUAGAGAAUAUCAGGAGAAAACACAAUUACCUCCCUUUCAUAAUGGAACUACUCAAGAUACUAGCAGAACAGAAGCAGUUACUUCCCCUUGUAGAAAAGGCUAAAGAAAAAGCAGCAAAGAAGAAGACAGAGGAAGUGAAAUAAAGAAGAUAAAAAUCAUAAAAGAAACAAAGUGAAAGUGAAAACAAAGAUACUUAAUAGACAAAGCUAAGUACAGGCAUGUAUGGUUUUCUAGAAUGUCACUCAUUCAAAUUCUCAAGGCACAAUGAUCUGGCGAAAAAAAGAGAACAUAUUGAAGAUAUGUACAUAUUUAUAAUUGUGUACUUUAGUUUUCUGUUAAUCAUGUACCAUUUAACUUGAGGUCAUUUGCAGCAUAGCUGAAUUAUCUCCAUUUGGAUUCAAAUAGUCAUACUGACAAGACAUACAUGUACAUGAAUUGAAAAUAUGUCACAUUUCUUUAUCAUUUGCACAAAUAUUUACACAUUAAAUCUCUUCCGUUUAGGUUAUGUUUGUAAUGGAGAUAUAGAGAGGUUGUUGAAUCACUUCAGGUUUUUGCCCAUUUUUCAAUAAAUUGCAGUAGAUUUGAAAUCUUCAGGUCUGUGAAUUUGGUAUCAAAUGUUCCUGUCUCAGGUUGGUUUUCACAAUUUUUUUUCUUGUAAAUUUAGAUUACAGAAAUUUACUCUUUUGUACAAUCAGGUUUGUAUUGUUUUAUUUUUGUCUACUUCAUUUGCACGGUAGAUUUAUUUUUUUAAUUUUUUUUUUUGGUAAAUUUGUUUGUUUUGUAUUCAACAUUUGAAAAUAUAAGACCAUAAAACUUUGCACAAAACAUGUGGAUUUUUCUAUAUGUGCUGACCAUGCCAUUAAUGUAGAGCUACCACUGGUAGAAUUGUUGACUGUAAGUGACCAAAAACUUUCACUGCCACUGGUGAAUUUUCAUGUUUUAAUUGACCAGACCCCUUACCAGGAUUUAAGGUUUUGGUGAAUGUCUUUUCGUACUUGAAUAGAACUUGUUAUUGUUGUUGUAAUAUUAAUAAAUAAAACAAGUAAAAUUUCAA